AUGUUGUCAGCUCGUCCAGUCUUACGUAACGCAGCCCGUGCUGCUGCUGUUGCUGCUAAAUCGUCAUUAAGAGUUGUAUGUACCUAUUCGCUUUUGCAAGGAGAAUUUUUUUUUUUUACAGAGAAGAGAAAUCCGGCCCCCACAAGGCACCAAAAGGAAAAAAUCAUGGCUAGUUAGCUCAAUCCGAGAGCAAUUGCACACUGUCCUUGUAUGGGCGAACUGAAAUUGCUCGAGCUAGAGCAAUUGCAUUGGUCCAGGCCACCCGGCGGAGGGGGUUGCCCGAACACGGGCAAUUUCUUGGAGGCAAUUUCGUCAUUUUUUUUUCUCCCCCAGGAGAGUUGAUACUAACAACUUUCAACAGGCUCGUCCAACCUUGUUGACUGCUCAAAGAUACGCUUCUGCUAAAGCUGCUCCAACCGAAGUUUCUUCAAUCUUGGAAGACAGAAUCAGAGGUGUCUCAGACGAAGCAAACUUGAACGAAACCGGUAAAGUCUUGUCCGUUGGGUAUGUUUAA